GCGCGCCUCCAGCAGCUAUACGUUACUGUUGACAUAUGGAAGCUCGGCGGCGGCUGCAGCGGCGCUACUCCGCUGUCAUCCUCUCAACCAUCCAGCCGCUUUAAACAUGAGCGACUCCGUUUGAACCGUCAAACCGGGAGGAACCUUCACAGCGGAGGUCUCCGCAGGAGGAGGAGGAGGUGGGUCAAAUAGCUGACCAUUGCGGUUUUCCUCGGUUUGUUGACGGAGCGCUGACGGAGCACCAUCAUCAUCAUCAUCAUCAUCAUCGGCGGCGGCGGCGGCGGAAGCUUCAGCAGUGACUGACUGACAGGUAUGUCCACAUCCGCGACCCGAGACGCGGUGGUGAAGAAGAAGCACGUCCGCUUCGCCAGCAUGGAGGACGACGACGACAACGACGAGCAGGAAGAGGACACCCUGUUUGACAAGAGGAAGGACACGGGCAGGGGGCUGAAAAGCGCUCUGAAGGCGGGCAAGAGGAGCGCGAAGCCGGGAUGCGACGAGCGGGUGGAGGUGGUCGGCGGGGGAAGGGGCGGCGGUGGAGCGUGCGGCCGCUGGAUAGUCACCCUGGCGCUGUGUGGCUCCUUCCUGGGCUUGGGGAUGAGUAUCUCCGUUCUUGGCCCCACAUUCCACGAUCUAGCUGUGAACGUGAAGCAAGACAUCAGCAACAUCUCGUACAUCUUCGUCGGCCGCUCCGGGGGCUACAUCGGUGGAUCCCUGUUAGGAGGCCUCCUCUUUGACUGCAUGAACCCCUACGUCCUGCUAGGUUCUUCGAUGCUGAUCACCGCGUUUGGAAUGUGUGCGAUCCCUUUCUGUAAGCAGGCUCUGCUGCUCACCGCGUUCAUGUCCAGCAUCGGGAUGUCGAUGGGUGUUCUGGAUACAGGUGGAAACGUGCUCAUCCUGAACACUUGGGGGGAGCAGGCGGGUCCCCACAUGCAGGCUCUGCACUUCAGCUUCGCCGCCGGAGCCUUCAUGUCUCCCAUCAUAGCCAAGCUGGUGUUUGGGACCGACGGCAACAGCAGCAGCGUCGGAAUCACACCGACCGAGUCCACGCCUGCCAUCACCACCAUACAGGCCACCAAAGCCCCCGAUACAAUAAUCCGCUACAUCCACAGCAAGGGCAGCAGCCUCAAAUCCAUGUGGGCCUACAUUGUGAUCGGCGGCUUCAUCUUCCUCAUGUCCUUCCUCUUCUUCAUCCUCUACUCUCGCAGCAGCACGUCACGUGACAAAGCCCGCGCAGCGUCAACAAAGCCGCUGACGGCCAAACACCACAAUGCUCUUGUCGCCCUGCUCUUCUUUUUCUUCUUCGCCUAUGUAGGUGCAGAGGUAGCGUACGGCUCCUUCAUCUUUACCUACGCCAAGGACUAUGUUAAGAUGAAGGAGCCACAGGCGGCCGGGCUGAACUCGCUGUUCUGGGGGUCGUUCGCUGCCUUUCGAGGUUUGGCCAUCUUCUUUGCAGCCUGCGUGUACCCAGGAACCAUGAUCCUGCUCAGCCUGGUUGGCUCCACCGUCUCCUCCCUGCUGCUCUGCCUCUUCAGUAAGGAGCAGGCGGCGCUGUGGCUGUGCUCCGCCCUCUACGGGGCAUCCAUGGCCACUACCUUCCCUAGUGGCAUCUCCUGGGUGGAGCAGUACACCACGGUGACGGGCCACACGGCGGCGAUUUUCGUGGUGGGGGCGGCGCUUGGCGAGAUGGUGCUGCCGGCGCUGGUUGGCCUCCUGCUGGGAAAGUUCCAUGACCAGCCACUGCUGAUGUACCUGUCGCUGGUCACCGCCACCUUCACCUCCAUCCUCUUCCCCGUCAUGUACAAGCUGGCGUCGGCGCCCAGCAGCCAGAGCAGGAAGCCCAGAGCCAGGGGCCGACCAGAAUUGGACGACAGCGAGUACCGGCAGGCGCUGCUGGACUCUGGUGUCAACGAGGAGGAAGAGGAGGAGGAGGAGGAGGAGGAGGAAGAAGAGCAGGAGAACGAAGCUGAUCAGUGGAACGACGCAGACUUUGAGGUCAUUGAAAUGGACGACACGUCGAGUCUUGUUAACUCGCCCAGCAAGCCGUCUUCUCCUCCUGACGUUGCCGCUGCCGCCUCCAGCAGCCAGGAGACGGAGACGGAGCCAGCAGCCGGGGCGCCGUUUUCAGACGCCAUCUCUCUGGAGGGAGACUCCCCGAGCGAUGCGCUGCUGCUGUCUCUGGACAGAGAGAAAAGAGACUAAAAGCUACAUCUGUGACUCCAAAGUGCUGCCAAUCUCACACCCUACACUGGAACAUGUGUUAUCCAGGAAGCUCCGAUGUUUAUGUACAGUUCUUGGAUUUACUGUGCAGUGAAUGCAACACUGGCUACUGACUGCGGCUUUACGAUGUGUCAACUCAGAGUUUGAAGAAAAAGUUUCAGGCAUCUUUUAAAGCUUUUGGACUUCUGCUGGAUGGUGAUCAGAUUUUACUGUUUUAAAUAAUUUAUCAUAUUGAUUCUGUGUGAUCCUCCUUCCCUCCACGGUGAGAUCAACGGUCAUGUGAUGCGACAAAACAGCUGCUUCAGGGCUGAGAGGAUUUCAGUGCCUUGCAUGAGGACACGUGAGCAGAGUGGAUGAGUUGAACCAGGGACGGUCACCCUCUUCAUCACCUGCAAGACUGAUCUUUAAAUGUCAUUUUAUUUUGCACUACUGCAGUUAUUUAACAGCAGCGAUGAGAAGAUAGACGGCAGUAAAUUUUUUUUUUUGUCGCACUUUCGUAAGGAUCCAAUUGUUGUUUUUUUGUUUAAUUUGUCUGUUUGUCUGUCAUGUAACGUGACUUGUGGUUCUCCAAAUCACACGUGUCUUCACUGUGAUUCAUCUUAUGAUUUGAUUUUGGGAUAAACCGAAUAACUGAAGAAAGAAGGCAUUUUAAUACAUUGAUUUUUUUAUUAUAUCAAUCUCAAACCUCCACCCACAGCAAUGUCCAUUAAAAACAAACAAAAAAACA